CCGAAGCCCUGCAGAGAAAGCCGCCAGGGGCGGCAUCGGCACCCAAGGCCAGCACGGCCUCUGCCAAGCCCUCUCCAGCCAAGACAGCGGCCCGGAAGCCAGCCGGCGAGAGCGGAACGAAGCCUCCAGAGAAGGCUGGGCCAGGCAAGGACGGGCAGGCGAAGGUCUCGAGGAAGACAUUGGCGCCAGCCGUGGCCUUGGCCCUGAAGUCAGCCGCAGCAAAGCCUGAGAAACCAGAAUCGGCCAGGCCUUCCAGACCCGCUACUCUCGGGACUAAGGACGCUGCUGCCAGAGCCCUGACCAGCAACAAACCUGCCAUGGCUAAACCCAAGCAGAUGGCGCCACCUGGUGGCCAGACCUCGGCAGUACCACCGCAGCAGAGAAACAAAACCGCCUCUGCGAAGAAAGAGCCCGUCAGAGCCGCCCCCAUGCCCAGGGCCCAGCUGUCUGGCUCGACCCCCGCCCUCAACAAGACUGCCAAAGCCAAGCUCCCGCUGGAGCCCAAGGCCAAGAGCCACCCAGUUCCUGCUGCUCCCAAGGCCUCGGAAAAGCCAAGGCCCACAGGGCUGAAGAUCCCUCCAAAGGCAGGGAGCAGCCAUCCAAGCACCCCACAGAGAGCAGCAACCUGUGCCCCAAAGGGGCUGCCCACUGGGAGCCCUGGCAAGAAGCUCCCCAAGAAAGAGGCUGGUUACAACAAUCUCGAGCCGGUGCCUGUGCCCAGGAAAAAGCUGCUCUCCCCAGAAGAGAGAGAGGCCAAGGCAGCUGCUUCCGAGGUCCUUGCGGCCCCUUCUGAUGCUCUGCCUGGCACAGAGAGCGCAGCCCCGGAGGGUGGCAUGGAGCCCAUGGACGGGCAAGGCCUGAUGCCAGAGACGGGCCCCGUUUUGCCUCCGCUGGGCCCAGCAGAUGGGGAUGCUCCCGAGAGCUCCAGGCUGCAGGUGCCAGGAGCUGCGCCAAUGCCUGCGAGGGACAUGGAAGAGGCCAUCGGUGGCGGAGAGUCCCUGGAAGGAGGACGCCCAUCUGGCCCAGAGCUGGUGGUGCCCCAGCCUCUGUCCCAGCAAGGGGCGGCAUUGGCAGCGCCCCCUGGAGAACAGCAGCCAGGGCCCUCACCCCCACAAACGCUGGGCUGUUCCCCCGGCGAGACACCGCACCCAGCACACACGGAGCUCCCCGACGCACCCAGCACGCCGCAGGGCGAGCAGAGCAGGGAAGACGCCCCACUGGGCCUGCCCUGCACCAGCACAGCUGGAUUCCUCCUGCCCCGCUGGGGCCUCCCAGACGCUGCUGCUCAGCGAGGGGGCUGCUCCGGCUGGCACCUGGGGACAGCGUUCGCCAUCCGGGUCACUGCCCCACCUGGCAGAGCCUCUGCAAGGGGGGGAAGGGACGGUCCCAGGUGCAGAGAUGUCGGCUGA